CACAUUAAGACAACAGUACUGGAUACCAGCAGCAAAUGCUCUGGCUAGAAAAAUCAGAUCAGAAUGUGUGUUCUGCAGAAGGCAGCAUGCACGCUUAGGUGAGCAAAAGAUGGCAGACCUCCCACAAGAGAGGGUGACACCUGAUUUGCCUCCCUUUACGUACGUUGGAGCAGAUUACUUCGGCCCAAUAACAGUGAAAAGGGGACGUGGCGAAGUUAAAAGAUAUGGUGUCAUUUUCACGUGCCUCACAACCAGGGCAGUACACUUAGAGGUGGCCAGCUCACUUGACACCGACUCAUGCAUUAAUGCAAUUCGUAGGUUUGUGAGCAGAAGAGGACAAGUACAGCAGAUUAGAUCGGAUAAUGGAACGAAUCUAAUUUCUGCUGACCGUGAGCUCAGGAGUGCCAUAAAGGAAUGGAACAGAAGCCACAAAUUACAAGUUGCUCUACAGCAGAAGGGCAUAGAAUGGAUCUACAACCCACCAGCCGCCUCACAUUAUGGAGGGGUUUGGGAAAGAUUAAUAAAACAAGUAAAACAAACACUCCUGGCAUUAACCAAAGCUCAACCCCUGGAUGACGAGUCACUUCAUACCUUUCUCUGUGAAGUAGAGGCAGUCAUUAAUAGUCGCCCACUUACCACCAUCUCUGACAGUCCAAAUGAUCUCGAACCUUUGACACCCAACCACCUUUUACUCCUCAAAGGUCAGCCCACACUAGCUCCAGGCUUGUUUCAGAAAACAGACACAUACAAUAAGCGUAGGUGGAAACAAGUACAGUACCUAGCUGACACAUUCUGGAAGCGGUGGGUUAGGGAAUAUCUUCCUACCCUACAGGAGAGGCAAAAAUGGUUAAGAAAGAAACGCAACUACAUGAGUGGAGAUGUUGUGUUAAUAGCUGACCCUACAGCCCCUAGGGCGUCUUGGAUGUUGGGGAGGGUUAUAGACACUAAAAAGGAUUCAAAGGGGGUGGUUCGUAGUGUAACCUUGAAAACCAAGACGAGCGUCUUGGAAAGACCAAUUACAAAGGUGUGCUUAUUGCUAAAUGACAUGUGAACAUGAGUAAGUUAUAGCGUGGCAUACCAUGAACAUGAAUGAAUGUGAUAUAACAUGUGAUAUGAACAUAACUCAUUGCUUGUGUGACCUCUCAUAUAUACUGACGGUUCCUGUCUCACACGCGCUCACAUGGACAAUGGACUCUGUAGAUCUACGGAUCUAUUCGUUCACACACGAGCGUCACAUUUCGCGCACUCAUGAGCGACGUUUACAUACACAGACAAUACGCACAACAUACAUAACUUGAAAUGGACUUUGACUCAUGCCUUAAAGGCAUACGAAC